GUCAAGAAAAAAUGAAUGAGAUUUGUACCAAUGCUGCCUUAUGGGCAGUUGCAAGCAUGAUAUUCACUUUCACAUAAUAAGUUAGCGAAAUAAUUCACAAUGGGGAAGAGUUUUACUGUUUUUAUUCUCUUUUUUGGUGCAUUAUGUGUUUCAUUGUCAAAACAAGAAAAUCAAAAUGCAAAUUUCAAGCCCCCCAAACCAUCAGAAGUUCCAAUCCAUGAGGAUGACUCUACGAGCAUGAAUGACAGCAUGAAAAAUGUCACAAAUGGUACAGAUAUCCUUAAUAUUUCAACAACAGUCACAACUUCUACAGUCUCCACUACCAAGCGUGUACCAGUGGACCUCCCCAAAAAAGGAUCUGCAGAGGAGGAGCACCACAGUAGUUUCACUAUCUUCUUUAUCCUCCUUCUUGUUGCCUUAUCAAUUUUGACAACUCAUAUGCUUAUUCAAACGAGAUUUCAUUAUUUGCCAGAGAGUAUAGCAGACAUAUUAUUAGGUGCUUUUGCUGGAUUGUUAUUAAAAGUGACAAAUUCAGGAAAUGGACAGAAUGCUGAAGCCUUUAAUCCAACAGUUUUCUUCAUAGUAUUACUGCCACCUAUUAUUUUUGAAUCGGGAUACAAUUUACACAAGGGUAACUUUUUCCAGAAUAUAGGUUCUAUAUUGAUCUUUGCCAUUCUUGGGACAGUUGUGUCAGCCCUAGUGGUGGGAGGUGGGAUUUAUUUACUUGGGCAGGCCCAAGUGGUGUACAAACUAAGCUGGAUUGAAUCCUUUGCCUUUGGGUCGUUGAUAUCAGCUGUUGACCCUGUGGCCACUUUAGCCAUUUUUCAUGCUCUGGAUGUGGAUCCGGUACUGUACAUGUUGGUGUUUGGAGAAAGUGUUUUGAAUGAUGCAGUGUCCAUUGUACUUACUACUACUGUGUUAGAGUAUGCUGAUCCUUCUGUACAGAUCACUAACAAAGCAGAGGCUGUUUUCUCCGCAGCUGGCAGAUUUCUUGUCAUGUUCUUUGGUUCGGCAGCUAUAGGAGUUGUGUGUGGCUUAAUUAGUGCUUUAUUAUUGAAAUACAUAGACUUGAGGAAAACUCCAUCACUGGAGUUUGGACUCAUGUUAACAUUCUCAUAUUUGCCAUAUGCUUUAGCUGAAGGAAUUCAUUUAUCUGGUAUUAUGGCCAUUCUGUUCUGUGGCAUUGUGAUGUCUCAUUAUACUCAUCCAAACUUGUCACCUGUGACACAAAUUACAACCCAGCAGACAUUCAGAACUAUAGCCUUCAUUGCUGAAACCUGUGUGUUUGCCUACCUAGGCUUAGCCCUUUUUAGUUUUAAAUUGACUGUUAAACCUGCAUUUGUGAUAUGGAGCAUUGCUCUGAUACUCAUAGGAAGAGCUUGCAAUAUCUUUCCCCUGUCAUUUAUCAUGAACUACUUCAGGGAACAUAAAAUCACCAGGAAGAAUCAAUUUAUUAUGUGGUUUAGCGGUUUACGUGGUGCUAUUGCUUUUGCUCUCAGUCUACACCUGGAGUUUGAGCAGGAGAAGAGAUACGUUCUAGUCACGGCCACUCUAAUCAUCGUACUGUUUACCGUCAUUUUUCUGGGAGGGAUGACCCUACCAAUGAUGAAGUGCUUGGAAGCAAAAAAGAAAAAGAAGAAGAAAUCAGAGAGAGAAGUCUCACUGAGUAAAACAAAGGAAAUGGGAGAGACAGUGGACACAGACCACUUAUCUGAGCUGACAGAGGAGGAGUAUGAAGUAGGUUAUGUUAGGCCACACCAGAAAGGCUUCAUGAAGAUUGACACAAAGUACUUGAUACCUUUCUUCACACGGAGAUUUACCAAACAGGAAGUAAAGGAGGGGAGAACCCAGAUUAAUCACCUGGCCACCCAGUGGUACCAAGAUGUCCGUGCCGUCCCUUCAGAAUCGGAUUCUGAAGACGAGGCAGAAACUAGUCUUAUCAAUCACACUCCAGAAGUCAACCAUCACUGAUCUCGUACUUUGGUUGUUUCAUGAAAUGUCUUUAGAAAACAGUGGUUUCAUAUCCUAAAGGAAGCUGGACUUUCAUAGUUAUGUGUUCACAGCCUCUCUUUCUUUUGGACAUUGAAUUUAGCCAUAAAUAUCUUACCUUCAUGUAUGUGGAUUUACCAUUGUACAUUCUUUUUUAAACCAAGUUUGCUCAAACACAUAUAUAUGCUAACAACGUAUAUGUAUAGUUAUGAUCUCUUAUCUUACCAAAGAUAAUCUUUUAGAACAUAUAAUUCUAUUACACAUACAUAUGUUUAAUUUUACCUGAUUUAAGUAAUUGUUGAUAUGUGUACAUUGUGUUGUAAGUGAAGUCUUUUUACAGAAUUUUUCAAAGGUAAAAUCCUCAAUGAAAGAUUUAGUCAGUUUGAAUUACAUUUGAAUUACAUUCCUUGUAUGGAAAUCUAUAUUAAUUUGCAUGGAACUUCUUGGAGAUGAACCAUAUACUGUCAGAAAGCUAAAGUUGAUAAAUAAUUAGAUACAGUCGAAAUUAAAUUAACUUUUACUCAGUUUGUAGGUACAAAAUUUCUUGUGCUUGAAAUGGGCAUAUUGUCUGAUAAAAGAUAUCAUAUUUAGAUGAAGAGGAUUGUGUGCAGACAUACAAAAAAAAAGUGUAAACAGAGCUCCCUAUAUUGUUUGUUUUCUGGAUUCAGUAAAACUUGGUUAUAGUGAAGUCCUGGGGACCUGUGAAUUAUUUCACUCUAUCCAUAUUAAGUUUAAAUUUAUUGUAUCUGUAAAAUGAAUGUGGGUUAGUAUUUGUAUAUUGCAAAUUUGCAAUAUCCACCUGUAUGUCAUGAAUACUGAAUAUGUUCAGGGAGGUAAUCAAUACAAAACUUUCCUUGGGGUACUAAAUAUAUCUGAUUCAUUGAAUUGCAAAUACAUGUAUAAUUUCUUCAAGAAAAGUAAUAAUGCCAGGUCAAUAAUUUGAAUUUUAAAAUUUUGAAAAUUCUUAAUAAGAUUUGUAAUUUUCCUUUAUUUUCAACUUCUACUUCUACAAAAUCAGUUUGCUAUAUAUCCGUAAAUUUGUUAUAUCAGAAUUAAUUAUUACAAGGAUUUGUUAAGAAUUUCACUGGGGAUCCCAAAAAACUUCACUAUUUCUGUAAAUUUGUUAUGUACUUGUUCAUACUAAAUAAGUUUUACAGCAGUGCUUGGAGAGUGAAGCUUGUAAACUAGAAUUUUUCUUGGUUAAACAUGGCAAUGUCUUUCAGAAUAAUCCAUAUUUUGCUCAGACUGUGAUUUGUUGAAUGUUCUCAUAACUUAUGUUUGUACAAAUGCUUCUUCUGUAGAAGUAGAUGUAUGUAUGAUUUGUUCUGUUAAUAAUUCAAUCUAUCAUUGAAUCUAAUUCAGUCAUGAUGCAAGAGAAAAUCAAAGUAUGAUAACUGCAAGUUUUGAAUGUGAUGUAGGGAAAAAAAACAACAUACAUGUACAUAUUAUGUUUUAAUAAUAUGAAAUUGUUGUGAGUUUGAGCACUAAAAAUAAUUUAGCAGUGAGAAAUUGUUGUGUGAUACAUUGUACAUGUGUUGUUCAUCACACAGUUUACAUACGUGAUAUUUAAAAGUUUGAAUUCCAUACCUCAGUUAAAAUCAUAGUAUUACUAUUCUCUUACUGUAUUUAUCUCUUAAUUGUUUGAAAACAGUUUUUUUUUUUAAUGAGUAAUAUUUUUCAAUUUGCCUCUUCUUCUCUAUGGUCAAAGGACAUAAUUUUUUUUUGUACCAUUAGAAAUUUUCACUAAUUUCAUUGAAAUGCAUUAAUUUAAAGAAUUUCAUAUAGCACAUAAAAUUUAUCCAUUUACCUAGUAUAUAUUUGAUAUUAAUUUUGUGUGUUUUCCCGAGUGAAGAGUGAAAUUUACUAAUCAAUUUGUUAUUUACAUGCAUAUUACAUGUAUCUAUCACAUUAUUAUUAUUAUCAAACUGAUGGUCACAAAUAUUGUUAGUGGAUUGUCAUUUGAUGUAAUUUUAUUACUCUAGUGCUUAGUUCAUUGAUGUAUUUAAUGGGAAAUUUUUAAUUUAUUUAUUAUUGUCAAACUUGUUUGUUCAUAUUGUAAAUCCAUGUGUGGUCACCAACAAGAAUUAAAAUUUUUAUGUCAGUGUGAAAGAAAGGUAUAAAGCUAUUGUUCAUGCACUUUGUAAUUAUAAUUGCAAUGAAAACUUAAUAAAUUGAUAGCAUCAAGAUUAA